AUGCAAUUCUCUACCGUCGCUUCUGUUGCUGCUAUUGCCGCUGUUGCCUCUGCGCAAAACGUUACCACUGCUACUGCUACCUCUGACCAAACCACUUUGGUCACCAUCACUUCUUGUGAAAGCAACGCAUGUCACGAAACUGUUUCCCCAGCUUUGGUUUCCACUGCUACUGUCACCGUUAACAACGUUGUCACCCUUUACACCACCUGGUGUCCAUUGACCACUGCUGCUAACACCACAGUUGCUCCAGUUCACCCAACCACCUACACAAGCCAAGGUAACGGUACCACCACUGCUUCCGUUUCCUCUACCUACACUGGUGCUGCUAUGAAGGCUCUACCAGCUGCUGGUGCUUUGGUUGCCGGUGCCGCUGCUUUGUUACUAUAA